AUGGGUGCCUGCAUGAGUGCAAAUAGCGAGGAGACGGAGCAAAAGAAGCGGAGUCAGAAGAUCGACAAGGACUUGGAGGAGGACUCGAAACGUCUGCGGCGAGAAUGCAAGAUACUGUUGCUGGGAUCCGGUGAGAGCGGCAAAUCCACGAUUGUGAAGCAAAUGAAAAUCAUCCAUCUAAAGGGCUACUCGGACGAUGAGCUCUACAACUACAGGCCGACAGUUUUCAAGAACCUGAUAGAAUGUGCGAAAGCCGUCAUCAACGCCAUGCGCCAGUUCGACAUCGAGCCAGCAAACGAGGAGAACAGGGCGUACUGCGAUUACAUCCUAGAAUACAGCGUCGAGGCCGGGCCCCAGGCGAUUAUGGACUCCAAGGUUGGAGACGCAGUAUUCGCAAUAUGGAACGAUCCAGCAAGGGAGCAAUUGAUGGAUCGGCAAACCGAGUUCUAUUUGAUGGACUCGGCCGAAUACUUCUUCGAGCAGGCUCAGCGAAUAGUCAGACCAGAUUAUCUGCCGAACGAGAUGGAUGUUCUUCGAGCGAGGACGAAAACCACCGGCAUAUACGAAACUCGGUUCCAAAUGGGACAGCUGAGCAUUCAUAUGUUUGACGUCGGCGGACAACGCAGCGAACGCAAAAAGUGGAUCCACUGUUUCGAGAAUGUUACUUCAAUUAUCUUUUGUGUCGCUCUCAGCGAAUACGAUCAAGUGUUGCUGGAGGAGAGUAGUCAGAACCGUAUGAUGGAAAGCUUACUCCUGUUCGAUUCGGUUGUCAACUCGAGAUGGUUCAUGAGAACAAGUAUAAUACUGUUCCUCAAUAAAGUCGACAUCUUCAAGCAGAAGCUGGGCAGAUCGCCACUCGGCAACUACUUCCCCGACUACUCUGGCGGCAACGACGUCAACAAGGCGGCCAAAUACCUCUUGUGGAGGUUUAAUCAAGUCAACCGAGCACACCUGAACCUUUACCCUCACCUGACACAAGCAACGGACACGUCAAACAUCAGAUUAGUCUUCGCCGCCGUGAAAGAGACCAUUCUCAACAACGCACUCAAGGAUUCCGGUAUUCUUUAA